AUGCAGCCUUUAACACACGAUGACGCGCAUGACUUGUGGGACUGCGCACGGACGCCCGACGCGGCACCAACUCUGGCGCGUCUGCUGCAAGAAACGGUGCCCCCCGACGACCGCAAUGACUAUGGCGAGACAGCACUACAUGUGGCGGCAGCACGCGGUAAUGACGAAGCAGUGCUGCUGCUGCUUCGCCAUGGAGCGGACCUUUUGACCGAAGACUGGGAGUCUGGCUGGACGCCAUUACACCGCAGUUUGUAUCACCACCAUUUAUCCACGUCGCUCUUGCUCCUUCGCCAUGCUCAGACACGCUUUGGCAAGAAAUUAUUGCGGAAGGUUUUACACGAGACACGUGACCACUCCCGUCAGAGCCCCAUGCAACUGUUGUCCACGAUACUGAAGCGGGGGCGUAAGCCUUUAGAAAACGACGAAAAUGCCGCGGGAUCGUGUGACGGAGGCCUCGUCUACACGUUCGGAAAGCGAGACUACCAGCUUGGCUAUCACUUGCCAAAUGCAGAUGUGCAGGUCACGCCACGACUAGUGGAGCUCCCGACUAACUCACCAAUUGUUCAACUAAGUGCCAGUAAGUACCACACGAUUGCUCUCAAUGCAAAGGGCGAGUGCUUCGUGUGGGGCUUUGGCAAAGGUGGUCGCCUUGGCACCGGAAAUGAGUUCGAGUAA